AUAUUAGUCGGUGUGUGACACUCUACGUGUGAGAUGGUUACAAACAUAUUUUUGACUGAAUUUCAUCACACAAAAUCCAAUGUUUAGUGUGCAUAAAUCACCGAUUCGAUUACCUAACACAGUGCCUAUAAGUAUGUAAAUAAAGCAAAGAGAAAUCGAAAUAAAAAAAAAAUAAUUUUUGUGAAAACCAUGGUACGUCAGCGUCAAAACCACGAAACUACAGUGUACGGAAUUUUUGGGCGAUUGAAUUAAAUAUUCCAAAUCAGUUUUGGGUGCACACAUCAUAUCCGCGUUCAACAUUCAUUUGUUGUGGUAGGUAAUUACGUCCACGUUAAAGUGCAAUUAUAAUUUCUGUUUUGGUUUCGUCAAUUGACCUUGUUUCUAUUUUGCAAACACAAAAAUCGUUCUGAUUAUAGCGAGAAUGAGUUUGCACUUUGGUUUUUAUACGGUUGUUGAUAUACAAAUGCAGAAACGGUGUUGAUAUUUGGUAAAUUAAAACGAUAAAAUGUGGCAAUUUCGUCGUAUCGCUAAAUAUUCGAUUUUCGCGGGCGCAACAACUGCAACCGUUGUUAGCUUUCACGCCAACAAUUACGACAUCAAUUCCUUGGGAAUCGUUCGAUUGUCACGUGCCGCUAUCACCGUAUACAACAUUGGCUGGACGUAUAAAAGUCAAUUGUACUACAAGGAAUGGGAUCAAACGAGUCAAGAAUUUAAGGAUGAAAAGAGCAAAACCCACAAAGUGGCUGCUCAAAAGAUGCUGGACUUGAUCUGUGUGAACAGAGGUGUUUAUAUAAAAGUCGGGCAACAUAUUGGAAGUUUGGAUUAUCUGUUGCCGCCAGAGUAUGUGUCGACAAUGAAAGUGUUGCAUAGUAAUGCGCCCAAAAAUCCGGUUGAGGAUUUGUUCAAAGUGAUUCGCCAGGACCUGAAAGUUAAUCCCGAAGAUGUAUUUGAAUCCUUCGAUCCGGAGCCACUCGGAACCGCUUCACUAGCUCAGGUACACAAAGCCACACUAAAAAAUGGUCAAAAGGUAGCAGUCAAAGUACAACAUCCCUACGUGAAAGGCAACUCAAUAGUGGACAUGAAAACGAUGGAAUAUUUGUGCAAAAUCAUGUCCUGGGUGUUUCCCGAUUUUAAAAUGCAAUGGCUGGUCGACGAGACGAAGAAGAAUUUACCGAUCGAAUUGAAUUUUCUGCGUGAAGGUGAGAAUGCGGAAAAGGCGGCCGAAAUGUUCAAAGGCUACAAAUGGCUUCGGGUGCCGAAAAUACAUUGGGACUUAUCCACACAACGUGUUUUAACGAUGGAAUAUCUGGAUGGGGGACAGGUCAACGACUUGGACUACAUCAAAUCGAAUAAAAUCGAUGCAUUCGAAGUGGCCAAUAAAAUCGGUCAACUGUACUCGAAUAUGAUAUUCACGAACGGUUUCGUUCAUUCCGAUCCACAUCCCGGUAAUAUAUUGGUGAAAAAGACGUCGAACGGUGUUGACAUAAUCCUCCUCGAUCACGGACUGUAUGCGAGUCUAACCGAUCGCUUCCGGUACAACUAUUCGAAGCUUUGGCUGAGCAUUUUGAAUGUAGACAGAGAAGGAAUGCGAAACCACAGCCAAACUCUGGGUAUUGAACGUCAGUUGUAUCCGCUAUUCGCCUGCAUGUUAACUGGCCGUCCGUGGGAAAGUGUUGUCGCCGGCAUUGAUAAGACGAGGCAAAGCCAGAAAGAAAAAGAAACGCUACAAAACACCACUGGACUGGUGCUGCCUCACAUUUCCGAUAUAUUGGAGCACGUUGACCGGCAAAUGUUACUCGUCCUAAAAACCAACGACCUGAUUCGGAAUAUUGAAUCAACGCUCGGCACCCAAAAUCGGAUGACAUCGUUUCUGGUGAUGUCAAAGUGCUGUGUGAGAUCGGUGUUUCAACAAGACAAACUCGAGUCGCGAACAAAGUGGGAUCGGUUCCGGAAAAACGUUUGCGAAAGCUGGACCAUCUUUAAGUUAAAUAUUUAUUAUUUGUUGCUAGGACUAAGGAAUUUCAAUUUUUAUUCGUCCAUUAAGCAACUGGUUUGACAAAGACUGUCUUUCGCUUUCGCUUUGUAAAAAGUUCAAUUGAUGCCGAGAGUGAAUUUUCGGCGGUAAAUAACAUUUCGAUUCCUUAUUUUACACAAAAAAUGCGCUCUAAGCGUCUCCAUUAAUUGAGAUGAAUUUUUUUGGUUUAAGUUUCUUAUGAAAUUACUUUGUAUAUUUGAACAAGGCCAUAGACA